AUGAGAUCUCCAAAAGCGGAGAUUACAGAGUUGACUCCAAACUCUAUAAGGUUCACUCUUUCUAAUACAGAUUUGAGUAUGGCAAAUACUUUAAGAAGAAUAAUUUUGGCAGAGAUUCCAACUCUUGCAAUCGAUCUUGUUACGAUGAUAGAUAACACAUCAGUUUUACACGAUGAGUUUAUUGUUCAUAGAAUGGGACUAAUUCCUUUAGACAGCACAAAUAUUCGAGAUUUCAACUUUAAGGAUAGAUGUGAAUGUCAAGAACGUUGCAAUAAAUGCUCUGUUGAAUACUUAUUGGAUGUAACAUGUGAGGGUGGUAGUAUAAGGAAUGUAACUCACUACGAUAUACAACCGGUUUCAACUUCUACUUCGAUUCCAAUGCCUGUCCCAAAAAAGGAAGACUCUGUAGAUGGGACGAACAACGGUAUUCUAAUAGCUAAGCUUGGCCCGGGACAGAGGAUUGCAAUGAGAAUGACGGCUUGUAAAGGCAUAGGAAAAUUUCACGCUAAAUGGAUUCCAGUCUCAGUCGCCACAUUUACGAAUGAGGCAGAUGUAAGAAUAAACUAUUCACUUUCUACCAAUUUAACUUUGAAACAACGUAAGGAAAUUGUUAGCUGCUGCCCUAAAGAUGUUUUUGCUCUAGGAGGUACUGCUUCAAAAAAUGAAUAUGCCCUAAGCAAAAACUCUUCCUAUUCUACUAAGACAAAGACUGAGGAGCUUCCUGACCUAGAAGUUGUUAGUUCAAAGUCAUGUAUUUUUUGUAAUGAGUGUGUAAAUUUAACUAAGAAUUAUGGUUAUAUCAAUCCUGCUCUAAUUAGAGUCGACACUAAGCCCGAUAGAUUUCAUUUCUUGGUCGAAUCUACAGGAGCUCUACCUGUUGAAAGUAUUGUGGAACUUGCUUUUGAAAUUUUACAAGAAAAAUUAAACACUUUAAGCAGAGGAAUUGCUCGCUCGGAGACAGCACAAAGUGGGUUAGAUACUCAUGGUUCUGGAGGGGUAAACAUCACUGUGGACGAAAGAGCCAUGGAUCUAGUAUUAGACUUAUCUUAA